CCGGCGAGCUGCGCUCGGACGGCAGGGGGCGCGCAUCCGGCGCACCUCGGCCAGCUCGGCAUCUUUGGGGGCCUAUGCGGCCCGGUGUGACUGGAAGGAAAAUGGAGCAAGACGCCUAGCCUGAGGGGUAGCUCUUACCCCUCUGACCGAGGUCCUGCCGCUUUCGCCGCUAGGAACCUCCUUCUCCUCCGGACCUAGUGCGUUCGAGCGCCCCGGCGGCCUGGGCCCGGCGAGUGGAAUGGUCGCCGAGGCCCAGGGCGUCGGGCUUCCGCGCGCCCCGUGACGGGAACUAGGGAGCCUCGAGGGACAGGUCCCUCACCCACCCCGCCGACUCCGACUCCAGGCGCGGCAAACCCCAAUUAGUGAGCAGCAGCUUGUAUCUACCGGGCGCUACGUCUGGGCGAGAUUGGACUGGUACUGGGGGCAGGUUGACUCAGCUUUUCCUGUGGGGCUGGUCAAGUUCGGACACGUUCCGCGUCGGCAGUAGAAGGAGCUAAGCCCUGACUUGUCUCCAGCUGGGGCUAUUUAAACCAUGCCUUUCCCCAGCUGUAUUCACUGGCUGUUUGAGAGAGAGAGCCUGUGGUCACCGAGCUGUAGCAUUUUCUGCUGAUCCAGGCAAAUGUGCAAUACCAACAUGUCUGUGUCUACUGAUGGUGCUGUAAGCACCUCACAGAUUCCAGCUUCGGAACAAGAGACCCUGGUUAGACCAAAGCCAUUGCUUUUGAAGUUGUUGAAGUCUGUUGGUGCACAGAAGGACACCUAUACUAUGAAAGAGGUUAUAUUUUAUCUUGGCCAGUAUAUUAUGACUAAACGAUUAUAUGAUGAGAAACAACAGCAUAUUGUGUAUUGUUCAAAUGAUCUUCUAGGGGAUUUGUUUGGAGUGCCAAGCUUCUCUGUGAAAGAGCACAGGAAAAUAUAUACAAUGAUUUAUAGAAACUUGGUGGUAGUCAAUCAGCAGGAACCAUCAGAUUCAGGCACAUCUGUGAGUGAAAACAGGUGUCACCUUGAAGGUGGGAGUGUUCAAAAGGACCUUGUGCAAGAGCUACAGGAAGAGAAACCUUCAUCUUCAGAUUUGGUUUCUAGACCAUCUACCUCAUCUAGAAGGAGAGCAGUUAGUGAGACAGAAGAAAAUUCAGAUGAAUUACCUGGUGAACGACAAAGAAAGCGCCACAAAUCUGAUAAUAUUUCCCUUUCCUUUGAUGAAAGCCUUGCUCUGUGUGUAAUAAGGGAGAUAUGUUGUGAAAGAAGCAGUAGCAGUGAAUCGACAGGGACUCCGUCAAAUCCGGAUCUUGAUGCUGGUGUAAGUGAACAUUCAGGUGAUUGGUUGGAUCAGGAUUCAGUUUCAGAUCAAUUCAGUGUAGAAUUUGAAGUUGAGUCUCUUGAUUCAGAAGAUUAUAGCCUUAGUGAAGAAGGACAAGAACUCUCAGAUGAAGAUGAUGAGGUAUAUCGAGUUACUGUGUAUCAGGCGGGGGAGAGUGAUACAGAUUCAUUUGAAGAAGAUCCUGAAAUUUCCUUAGCUGACUAUUGGAAGUGUACUUCAUGCAGUGAAAUGAAUCCUCCCCUUCCACCUCAUUGCAACAGAUGUUGGGCCCUUCGUGAAAAUUGGCUUCCUGAAGAUAAAGGGAAAGAUAAAGGGAAAAUGUCUGAGAAAGCCAAACUAGAAAACUCAGCACAAGUAGAAGAGGGCUUUGAUGUCCCUGACUGUAAGAAAUCUACAGUGAAUGAUUCCAAAGAAUCAUGUGUUGAGGAAAAUGAUGAUAAGAUCACACAAGCCUCCCUAUCCCAAGAAAGUGAGGACUAUUCUCAGCCAUCAACUUCUAAUAGUAUCAUUUAUAGUAGCCAAGAAGAUGUCAAAGAGUUUGAGAGGGAAGAAACACAAGACAAAGAAGAAAGUGUGGAAUCUAGUUUUCCUCUUAAUGCCAUUGAACCUUGUGUGAUUUGCCAAGGUCGACCUAAAAAUGGUUGCAUCGUCCAUGGCAAAACAGGACAUCUUAUGGCAUGCUUUACAUGUGCAAAGAAGCUAAAAAAAAGGAAUAAGCCCUGCCCCGUAUGCAGACAACCAAUUCAAAUGAUUGUGCUAACUUAUUUCCCCUAGUUGAACUACCUAUAAAAGUAGAAUUAUAUAUUUCUAACUAUAUAAACCCCAAAAUUUAGACAUGAAAUUUAUUUUUAUUUUUUUAGCUGUAUCAAAGCAAGAAAGUAUCUUACUACAUGUAGAUUUCUCCCAAUAGUGAAUAGUUACUUCCUUUUAGGAAAAUGCCCCUUCUGUUGAUAUUUUAUAUUUGGGUUUUAAUGUAAUUUGGAUUGGAUAUAGAGUUCAUCCUUUGCCCCUCUACCCCUUUUUUUUUUUUGGGCUGCACUGCUCCACACGUGGAUCUUAGUUCCCCAACCAGGGAUCAAACCCGCGCCGCCUGCAGUGGUAGUGCAGAGUCUUAACCACUGUACCAUCAGGGAAAUUCCUACCGCUCAUUAUUUUAAAUAAUUUCCACUUUCUCUUAAAUGAGAAGUAUCUUACCUUUUAAAAAAUAUAUAAGUAGGACAUUUAAAUGUAACUUAUUCAGUACCUUUCAUGUAAGGAGGAAAAGUUCGUGUGAAAGAUUUAAUAUUUAAAUUUUACAUACUCUUAAACUUUCCAAUCCUUAGUUUCUCUAGUCUUUCAGAGCCUCUUAAAAUAUAAGUCCCCUACAUACAAACCUUCAAAUUGCCAACUUUCAAAGAUGUGAACGUGAGCUGGCAUGUCCAGUCACGAAAGGUCACGUGAGUGGAGUACAUUGUCACGUGCGUGCAUCCUCUACAAAUGGUUGUGCUUUUGUGUACUUUAUAGAGUACAGUAGUAUAGUAUCUUUAUUUCAAGCCCAGGAUGUCCGGAAGCAAGCAUAAAAGCAGCAGUGAUGUAGCUGGUACUGCUGAUGGAAACAAAAGUGAAAAUAAUUGAGAGAGUGGAGUGACAAGAGGAAGAAGUAACAGAAGAACCAAAGAGAUUCACGACGCAGAAAAUGGCAAGGGUUUUUUCUUUAUUUGAGGAGGCACUGUUAGUUUUUGAGGCACAGGACCCGAACGUAGAAUGGUACACGAAGGUUGCAGCAGCCAUUCAGAAUGCAGUCCAGUGCUCCCGUGUUACCUAUGAGGAGAAAAAAAGAGCUACUACCCAGACAUCAUGGGAUCGUUUUUUCCAGAGGGUAGGUAGAGUUGAAUCCAGCAAGGAACCAGAACCUGUGCCAUCAGCGUCUGGUGUGAGUGAAAUUGCAGCUUGCCCUCAUCUCCUGUUGCUGACAAUCCUUCAGCUCUGUCAUCUCCCACCUCCUCUCCCUCCUCCAGUCAGUAACUCUUCUUGCCUGUUCACUUGAUGCUAGCCCCUGUAUGCCAGCUGUUGUACUGUACUACUGUACUUUACAAGGUACUGUACUGUAAGAUUAAAAAUGUUUUCUUUAUUUUUUGUGUUUGUUUUUUAUGUGUUAUUUGUGUGAAAAGAUUAUAAACCUAUUACAGUACAGUACUAUAUAGCCGAUUGUGUUAGUUGUGUUAGGUACCUGGGCUAAUUUUGUUGGACUUACGAACAGAUUGGACUUAGGAACGGGCUCUCGGAACUGAACUCGUUUGUUGCAGGGGACUUACUGUAUUCUUUCUAGAUAAAAGAAAUAGGUAGAUCGUUUUGGUGCUAUGUAAGUAGCACUUACAUAUUUCUCAUUCUCCAGUCUCUUUGAUAUGGUAAGGGAUAUAAUAAACAGAAGGACUGUUUGUUUUUAUACUAGCUGAAAUUGUCCUAACUUCUCUCUAAAUUGUCCAAAAAUUAUAAGAAUGACAUCCUAUAAGAAUGACAGGAUCAGAACAUAAAAUUCUGAAAUAACUCUCAAACUGUAUAGAUUAACAUCUUGAUUUAUAUUAAAUCUUCAACGAAAUAGUGGAAAAUAACAACUUUGAUUUAAGGUCCCAGUGUAUUUCUCCCAUAUAUGUCAGUCGUACAUACUCAGGUGAGGACAAUAAAAUUAACUGAGCUGUGAGUUUAGAAUAGAACUGAGGGAUAAUUUUGCACAGCAAGUUUGUGUGCCAGUUACAGAACAUUGUAUUAAACUUUAAAAACAAAAACCACACACACAUAUGACUUACCCAUGUAUGGAUAUGUAAGUAAUGGCUGAAGGAUCAGCACCUUAGCCAAAGAGUGGUCCUCAAAUACAGUAAAGCUUUAUUAAUUUGGGAUUUAUAAUACUUCAACUAGAACUAAGUAGAAUUGAUCCUCUCUGAGGACAGAGAAAUAAAGAUGAGAUUAUAAACAUUGUACAGUCAGCCCUCCAUACCUGUGGAUUCAGCAUCCAUGGAUUUAACCAACCAUUGGUUUGGAAAUAUUCAGGAAAAAGAUUCCAGAAAGUUUCAGAAAGAACACUUGAAUUUGCUGUGCACUGGCAGCUACAUAGCAUUUGCAUUGUGUCAGGUAUUUAAAUCUAGAGAUUUAAAGUAUAUGGGAGGAUGUGCAUAGGUUAUAUGCAAAUACCAUACCAUUUUAUCUAAGGGACUUGAGCAUCGAAGAUUUUGGUGUCCCGGGGUGUGGGGGGGGGGCAUCUUGGAACCAAUUCACCAUGGAUACUGAGGGGCAACUGUAUAUUAUUCAGUGAUUCUGCUGUUUACAAAACAUUCAAAUUGGUGCAAAUAGAGUUUCAUUCACCAUAUAUAUGCAUUACUAAUGCAGUCUUGAUUGUCUAAAUUUUUAGGUGUAGCAUACGUUUUAUUGAUUUACAAAUAAAAGAUUAAAUGUUUAA